GUCACAUUUUGAAGAAAUGACGGUUCAUCUUCUUUUGAGAACAUUUUAAAGCAUAUCACUAUCGAAAUCAUGUGGCUAGGUCCUGUUGCGUGAUACAAAUCUUUUUCGCAACCUUAUGAGUCACUAUCCAUGUUACUUUACACAAAGUAGGAGGCAAGACAACAUGGCGAUCCAUGUGAAGUAAUUGGCUAAAAGCGAACGAAGAACGUGAUUUAUCGCUUAUACGAUCUAAUUUGAGGCAGCGGAGUCUUUUUUAAAUCUAAUUCAAAACAUUUCAGUCGUAAAUAUGUCUUAAUUUAUGCUCUUAACCAUGGAAGAUCUCUGUAAUCAUGUCAACCGCGCAGGAAAAUGUGGUUGUUCAUCAACAUCAUCAACUUAUGCUCAGUCUCUCUCUGAAAUGGACUUUGAGAGAGGAAUAUGGCAAGCUGCGCUGGAUGGUGAUGUAAAAAGAGUUAGGAAAUUUUUGGACAAGGGAACAGACCCUAAUUUAAGGGAUGGCUCGGGAUAUACAGCUCUGCAUUAUGCCAGCCGCAGUGGCCAUGAAGAGGUCUGUCAGUUGCUCCUGGAACAAGGAGCAGAUGUGAAUGCCCAGACAAAGUCGGGCAAAGUAUCAUCACUACACAGAGCAGCAUACUCUGGUCACAUGUCAGUGGUGAACCUGCUUAUCAAAUAUGGUGCUGAUCUAAGACUUUGUGAUAGUGAUGGACAAAUCCCUUUGCACAAGGCUGCUGAAAAGUUGCAAAAAGAAGUUGUAAGAUUGUUUGUUGAGUUGGAUUCCAGUCUUGUAAAAGUGAAAGAUCAAAAGGGAAGAUUGCCUUCUGACCUGGUAUCCUUGAAAGAACUUGCCUUGUUAAAUUUGCUGUAGUUACAAGAAACAAAAUUAUACUGGUACCCAACUUGUUCUUAACUAGUUGUUGUCUAUUCUUAAGAUAUGGUACUGCCUUUUCAUGUUGAUUUUCAAGAGGUUUCUUUCCAUCUUUCCAUUUUUUAGGAUAAUAGACUACAGGCAGUCCCUGCUUUUCAGCAAAGUCAGUUGUGAAAUUAAAAAAUUAAAUUUCCUGAUGUGUGGCAAAGAGCUCUAGGAGUGACAUGCACAAAAGUAGGACUUUUCUUUGUUUGCCUUACUCCCAGAGGUCCCCUCUGCAUGCUUAAAUCAUGUUUUUUCUGCAUUUUUCUUGGCUGGUGCAAUGGACUUUGCCUAAAAAGAGGGAUUGCUCAUUGUCUAUCAUGAUGAGUGUAACCAUGCAUUGUAUGCACUUUUGACAGUGGUUUUGUAAAGAAUGUUUUGUAAGGGCUUUGUACCUGUAUAUGCUUCUGUGAUACUGUGACCACCAGACAGCUGGAAUGUGGUUGCCUUGGACAAGAAGAACACUUAAAGAUAACUUUGUGCCAAUGAAGGUUUGAACAUGUCCUGAAUAUAGUAAAUGUCGAUCAGUUUCAUAGAACUAUAUUUUUAAUAACACAAAAUAUUUCAAAACAUUCUAAUUGCUCAAGAACUAUGAGAGGUAGAAGUCAUGUUAAGCAGGUUGUUGGUACUAAAGUAAAGGGUGCAGUUCUUCAUAGAAUAGGAUCAGGGUUUGGAACCUGUGAGCAAAAAUCAAUCAAGAAUUCAUAAUCUGAGAAUUUUAUUAAUUAAUCUUUGUA